GUAAAAAAAAAAAACAUGAGUGAUAGUGCCUUUUUGUGGGGCAUGGUUCCUUUAAAUAUCAGCCAUUCCUUCCUUUCAACGAUUCAUCCACUUCCAUUUUCUUUUCUUUCUCCUCUGUGUGCUCCAUUUUCCUUCUGCGUUUCUCCACUCACCAUGCUUCCAAAGUUCAUCAACAUUAGCCCCUUUAAAGUUGAACACCAACAAGAACUGAAGCAUGUCAACAAAAGAAGAAAGCAUGAGAAAUCGUUUGAGAGUAGCAGCGUUGGUUUGAGACUUCUCCCUCAAAUCACCACCACCUCAAACAACACAUCAAACGUUCUCUUCAAAUCUGCAAUGAGAAAGCCAAACCAUUAUUCCAUCCCUCACGACUUCUGCUUCCUUAAAACUUGCAAUCUCUGCAAUAAACACCUCAGUCCAGACAAAGAUAUUUACAUGUACAGAGGAGAUCAAGGUUUCUGCAGCGUGGAGUGUCGAAACAGACAAAUAGUUUUGGAUGAGAUGAAGGAAUUAGAAAGCUCGACGAAGAAAAUGGUGGCCUCUUACAGACAAUGUUGCGGUGAGGCGCGUGAAGAGACUCGUCUUAUACUGAAGGACCUUCGAAUGCAGAGACUGAAAUCUAGAGUGUGAAGAAAAUUUUCCUUAUCAGAAUAAUGAAAACCACUGGAAAUAAUAAUUUUUGUAGAUUCCUGCAAAGGAAAAACAUGUUAUACUGUUCAUCUUUGUUUUUGAGAAUUUUGACAGAAUGAUUGUGA